GUGCCACAAGAAAAUAUCGUGUUAGUUGAACACAGAACGUUCAAACAGUUUCAUGCCAAAUUGUUGCUCUCCAUUCGUUAUAACGUAUUACACUUAAACUACAUUUACAAAUUCCCAAAAUAUACAAUUUACUAUUAACUUUUAAAAUUUAUCAAGUUAUUUUUAUCAUUCCUCAACAUAGUAUCACAUUUUACCGCCGUUUUGUAUCACAAAAAUACUCAACUAUUCGUUAUUUUCAAUAUUUCUUUUUUUACAAAUAAGUAUUUCGUCAUUUGUUAUUUUUAAAUAUACAUUAUGUUAAAUAUAAUAUUAUUAAAAAAAUUUUAUCAACAAAUAAAUAAAUAAAUAAAAAUAAAAAAACAACAUUACUGUGAUUAAAUUUAAUAAUAAAUUAACAAAGCAUUUAUUACAACAAUGUAAAUAGUGAAAAUACAUAUUAAAUUAGUUAAUUGUGAAACAAAAAAAAAAUAUAUCUAGUGUAUUUAUAAAAAAAUUUAAUAAUUAAUAUUUUAUUUAGUAAAAAAACAGUUGAGACAAUUUGAUGUUAUAAAAUUAAAUAAUUAAAAGCAAUCUUGUGUACGUGAUGAGCAAUAAGUCAACAUUAUCAUCCUCAUCAUCUUCAUCCUCAUCGUCAUCAUCAACAACAUCAUCAUCAAGACAGAUAAUAUUAACUGACAAAAAUAAAUCAUCAAAGUUAAAUUUACGUCAAAAAAAAAAUCACCUAUCAAUUGUAAAAAAAGAAAUAAUUGUUGAAGAUGAAAUUAAGGAAUAUGCUGUAAAUGCAAUGAGUGAACUUCUUGGAUGGUACGGUUAUGAAAAAGUUGACAGUGGUUGUACACAAGAUUUAAAUCUUGAUCAUUUUUCACCACUGUCAAAUAUUAAAAAACCAAUAAACACAAUAAGAUAUAAAGAUGUUAAAAAUAUAAAAAAUAAUAUAUUAAUUAAUAGUAAAAAAUUAAUUAAUAAUACAAAAUCAUCAACAGACAGUAUUUCAAUAAUUCCAUCAAAUAAAAAUGAUAAAUUUUUCAUGGAACAUUUAUCAACAAUUACCACAACAUCAACAAGUCCAAGAAUACCUGAUAAUGGUGAUUCAGCUUCUGAUACACCAGACUCGAGUUCGAUGGCAUGUACCACAUGUGGACGUACUGGUACAUGGGAGCCUGGAAGUGCAUCAAGUAGUUCAAUAUCAUUUGAUGGUUUAAAUAAUUCUGGACGUUUUUGUAGUGAAGCUUGUUUUGCUGCUGGUAGACGUGCUGCAUUUAAAAGAGCAAGAACUUGUGAUUGGUGUAGACACGUUCGACAUUCCGUUAGUUAUGUUGAUUUUCAGGAUGGUGAAAGUCAGCUACAAUUUUGCAGUGAUAAAUGUUUAAAUCAAUAUAAAAUGAAUAUUUUUUGUCAUGAAACACAAACUCAUUUGGCACUUCAUGGUUCUAAUACAUCAAUACCAAUUGUCAUUGGUAAUAUUAAUAAUGAAACAACUGGUAGUGGUGGUGGUUUAAUAACACCAGAAUUAUGGAUGAGAGAUUGUCGUUCACCAGGAUCAUUACAAGAUGAAACAGAAGAUGAUGAAGCACUUAUUGUUGAUGAUGAACCACCAACAAGUUGUAAUGAAGCUGAUAUUGAUAUUGAUACUGAUGGACAUGAUUCAAUUUAUCAAGAUGACAUUAAUAAAAUUAAUCAUAAAAAAACAAUUAUUGAUAUUGAAAAUGAAAAUGUUGAAAAUGCUAUUAAAGAAUCAUUAGCUGAAGAUAAACAAAGAAAGUCAUUAGAAUAUAAAAAUAUAUUAUAUAAAAAAAAUCAUAAAAAAUACCAAAGUUUAUUGGAAAAUAAAAUUAAUAAUAAUUAUUCAGAUAAAAACAUAAAAACAAAUACAUCAUUUCCAAGUAUACAAGUACGUGAUGUAAGAAAAAUGUUAAAUAAUGAUAAAAAAAAUGAUGAAAAAUUAUAUUUAUUAAAUGAUCUAAAUGAUAAUAAUAACAAAAAUAAAAAUUGGUUUAAUAAAAAAACAAAAAUUGAUUAUAUUGAAUCAAAAAAAAUUUAUGAUAAUUUAACAAAUUUUCAUAAUAAUACAAAAACAUCAAUCAUUUCAGAAAAUAUAAUGGGUCCACCAUCAUAUAAUUAUUAUCAUAAAAAAAAACAACAAUUAUCAAAUGAUAAUAAUCAACAUUUAUUACCACCUGUAACUGUUUUAGUUCCAUAUCCAAUUCCGAUUCCAAUUCCAAUACCAAUACCAAUACCAAUACCAAUUCCAAUAUCAUCAUUAAAAAGCUUUUUUGACAAUAAAAAAAAAGACAUAAAUAAUGAAAAUUUAAUUGUUAAUGAUAAUAAUAACAUUGAAAGUCCUCAAGAUCUUUCAAAACGUAAAAAUUACGAUACAAUUAAUCACGAAAAAAUAACAAAGAAUGAUGAUAAAUUAACAAAUUGUAAAAUUAAAAAUUAUCCAGUAUCAAGAUCAAGUAUUUCAACGGUAUCAUUAUCACCAGCUUUGUCAACAAAAUCAAGUAAAGAUACACAUGAUCAUGAUGAUGACGAUAAUGUCAAUGAUGGUGAUGAUGACAAUGACGAUGAUAGCAAUAAAAGACAAGGUAUUAUUAGAUCACUCAGAAAACGUAGACAUCAAAUACAUGAUAGCAAUGAUAAUAAUAAUAUCAAAAUUAAAAAAAGAAAUAAAUUUGUUUAUGUUUAAUUAUAUUAUACCAAUAGUGAUAUCUUUUUUUUUUUUUUUUUGAUUAAAAAUUAUUUAUAUCUUGAUGUUUGUUAUUUUUAAAAAUUAAAUAUUUUUAAUUGUUUUAAUUACAGUGCUGGUGCCUAAUUAUUUUAUUUUUUUUUUGUUUUAAAAACAGUGAAAUAUUUGUGUAAAAUUUUAUCAAAAUAAAAAGCUGAAUAAAAAUAAUGUAUUUGUUUUUUUUUUUUUUUAAAUAAAAAUAAUUUUUAUUUGUGACUGAAUGUUUAUUUAAAAAAAAAUAAAAAUGAUUCAUUGAUUAUAAAUAUCCCAUAGUGAAAUUGUGCCAUCUUUUCCAGUUGCAGCCAUUAAAUUUUUAUUAUUGUAAGCUUGAAUUUUAUCAACUGAAUAUGUUAUAUCAAAAAUAGUUGAUCUAUGUUGAUCAAGAACAACUAAUGGUCUUAA